CUUUAACUGCAGCAGUGGAUUAGGCAUUACAGAGCCUCUUGUUCAAGCCUCAAGAGCUCUUGUAUUUUUUCACGUUUUUUUCAUUUUCCACUUGCAUAGCCGACUAUGUGGGGACUGAAGUUCACCACGUUGUUGAAAUGAUCAUAUUUUCAUAAUGGAGUCCUGGAUGAAAUCUGAAAAUGAGAAACCAUGGUCAAAGGAGACAUCCAGGCCUUCAUUUCGCCAGACACAACAAAAGUUCAGCAGAAUGAUGAGUGAUGACAGUCCAGACGCGUUCAGAAGUGUCAGCCGAAAAGCAGGCCUGCAGAUAUGGACCAUCAAUAACAUGCAGAUGGUGCCUGUUUCGUCCCAAGGCUUUGGUAACUUCUUUGAGGGAGACUGUUACAUUGUUCUUUAUAUAAGUGAGAAUAAGGGCUCAGGCCAGUCAACAGACGUCCACUUCUGGAUAGGAAACGCCUCCUCUCAGGAUGAGCAAGGUGCAGCAGCCAUCUUUGUCACCCAGCUGGACGAGUACCUGGGUGGGAGUCCAGUCCAGCACAGGGAGGUGCAGGGCAACGAGUCGCCUCGGUUCAGGAGCUACUUCAAAAAUGGCCUCAUCUACAAGAAGGGUGGAGUGGCCUCAGGUUUUCACCACGUUGACACAAACGUCUACAAUGUCCUGCGACUGCUGCACGUCAAAGGGAGGAAGCAUGUCACGGCGAGAGAGGUUGAGGUGUCAUGGAACAGCUUUAACAAUGGAGAUAUAUUUCUGCUGGACAUGGGGAAAGCCAUAGUGCAGUGGAACGGCCCUCAGAGCAACAGGAGAGAGAAGCUCAAGGCGGUCUUGUUGGCUCAGGACAUCCGGGACAGGGAGAGAGGAGGUCGAGCUCAGAUUGGUAUCGUGGAGGGAGGAGAUGAGCGGGACUCCCCGGAGCUGAUGAAAGUCAUGAUGGCGGUACUCGGUCAGAGAAGCGGGCAGCUGAAGGAGGCCACACCUGAUGACAAACCUGACCAGGUGCAGAACAACAACGUCAGACUCUACCACGUGUUUGAAAACAGUGGGAACCUGGUGGUUCAAGAAGUGGCCACGCAGCCUCUAACGCAAGACCUGCUGCACUCUUCUGACUGUUACAUCGCGGACCAGAGAGGCUCCAGUGUGAUGGUGUGGAAAGGAAAGCAGGCCUCCAAGGAGGAGCGGCGAGAAGCUCUCAACAGGGCAGUGGGCUAUAUCAAAGCGAAGAACUACCCAGCCAACACCAGUGUGGAGGUGAUGACCGAGGGAGGAGAGUCGGCAAUGUUUAAGCACUUGUUCAAAUCCUGGAGAGAUAAAGGGCAAACUCAAGGCCUUGGUACCACCUACAGUCCGGGAAAGAUAGCAAAGGUAGACCAAGUGAAGUUUGAUGUGAUGGAGCUCCACGCUCGUCCCGAACUGGCAGCACAGCAGCGCAUGGUGGACGACGCCUCUGGAGAUGUUAAGGUGUGGCGUAUUGAGAACUUGGAGCUGGCCGAAGUAAAUCCAAGUACUUAUGGACAGUUUUAUGGAGGAGACUGCUACUUGGUGCUGUACACAUAUCAAAGAUCAGGCCAGCAGCAGUACAUACUCUACAUGUGGCAGGGCCGUCAUGCCACUAAAGAUGAGAUCACAGCUUGCGCCUACCAGGCCGUCAAUAUAGAUAACAAGUACAAUGGAGCCCCGGUCCAGGUUAGGGUGGUCAUGGGAAAGGAACCCCGCCACUUCCUGGCUAUUUUCAAAGGCAAACUCAUCAUUUUUGAGGGUGGUACAGGCCGACCUGGCGUGGUCAACCCUGACGGAGGUGCCCGGCUCUUCCAGGUCAGAGGGACUAAUGAGCUGAACACCAAGGCCACUGAGUUGCAGGCGAGGGCCUCGUCUCUGAACACCAACGAUGUUUUCCUGCUGAAGACGGACCAAAUAUGCUACCUGUGGUAUGGGAAGGGCUGCAGCGGGGAUGAGAGGGUGAUGGGGAGAGCGAUGUCUGAUGUGCUGUCCAAGCAGGACAAGCAGGUGGUGAUGGAGGGCCAAGAGCCAGCUGAAUUCUGGGUAGCUCUGGGAGGAAAGGCUCCCUAUGCCAGUGACAAGAGACUGCAGAGGGAGGAGCCUCCUCACAGUCCCCGGCUGUUUGAAUGCUCCAAUCAGACCGGCCAGUUUAAGAUGACAGAGGUGGACGACUUCGCCCAGAUCGACCUGGACGAGGAGGACGUCAUGCUGCUGGACACCUGGGAGGAGAUUUUCUUGUGGGUUGGAAACUUAGCCAACCAGUACGAGACCAAGGAGGCGUGGAACUGUGCGCAGGAAUACCUGAGGACCCACCCAGCAGGACGCGACCCCGACACUCCCAUCAUCUUCGUCAAACAGGGAUACGAACCGCCCACCUUCACCGGAUGGUUCAGUGCAUGGGACCCACAUAAGUGGAGUGGAGGCAACUCCUAUGAGGAGAUGAAAAAAAAGCUGAGUGAUGCAGCAUCUCUCUCACAGAUCACUGUAGAUCUGAACAACUCUAAUCUCAAUAAGAGUCCUGUUGGGAUUAGUGGAGGUGGUUACAGGGCUCCAGGAGGCCCCAUGAGCUCCCCUCCUGGCUACAGGGUCCAUGGUGAUUUGUCCCCCAGACCCUCUACUCCCACUAGCCCGUCUACCCAGAGAGCCCAAACCUCUGUGUCCAUGAACCUGUCCCCUUCCUCUAGCUUCACUCCAUCAUCCCCAGCUGGUGGCACUGUGUCCCCCUCUGCUGGAGGAUCUGGAAUGUAUCUGAACCCAGAGCUCCUAAUCAACAAAUCUCCCAGUGAGCUGCCGCAGGGAGUGGACCCCAGCCAAAGAGAGGACUACCUGUCUGAUGUGGAUUUUGAGAACCUGCUAGGAACAGGUCGCUCAGACUUCCAGCGGCUGCCAAAGUGGAGGCAGAGUGACUUGAAGAAAAAGGCGGGACUUUUCUGAGAAACAUUUACUGUCGGAUUAUGCUUAAAUGUUGUCAAACUUGUCUCACUGUAUACAAAGAAAACGUAUCUGUAAAACAAACAAACCGCAUUUUAACUGUUGUUGAGAAAGACAGGAUAGGAAGAGGCCUUGAUCAUUUCACCUAAAUAUUGUUUUGUUUUUUUAACUUUCUGACAAUAGUUUUAACCAAGUUAGUGAUUAAACAUGUUGACUAGAAUUAGAUUACUACUAUUGUGAUAACAAAAAUCAAAUUUUGAGAACUUUACUUAAAUUUUAAAUAAGAUAUUUUGAUUGUUAUGCUUUAUAUUUAUCUAUAUUUUUCAAUGUUUUAUGCUGAUCAUACCAUGAUCAAAUUUUCUCCAAACUAUUAUUGUCAUUUGCCAUGUCUGAAUCACUUAUAUUAUGA